AUGACUAUGGGCAAGGUUAUCUUCUACGAGGACAGGAACUUCAUGGGGCGCUCCUAUGAGUGCACCGGUGAUUGUUCCGAUAUGCACUCUUACAUGAGCCGCUGCCACUCCUGCAGGGUGGAGAGCGGCUGCUGGAUGGUCUACGACCGCACCAACUUCAUGGGAAACCAGUAUUUCAUGAGGAGGGGCGAGUACGCUGACUACAUGAGCAUGUGGGGCUGGGGAAACAACUGCAUCAGGUCCUGCCGCAUGAUCCCCAUGCACAGAGGAUCCUACAGAAUGAGGAUCUAUGAGAGGGACAACUUCAUGGGUCAGAUGUAUGAGAUGUCGGACGACUGCGAUUCCUUCAUGGAUCGUUACCACUGGUCCAAUGGCUGCAUGUCCUGCCAUGUGAUGGACGGCCACUGGCUCAUGUACGAGCAGCCCCACUACAGAGGCAGGAUGUGGUACUUCAGGCCUGGAGAGUACAGGAACUUCAGAGACUACGGUGGCAUGAGGUUCAUGAGCAUGAGGCGCAUCAUGGACUCCUGGUAUAACUGAGCUAAACUGUCAAUAAACACAUUUUGAAUAAAAUCCAGCAAAUCAGUGAAUUGUAUAAUUUCUCUCACACUAAAGACAGUUUUAACUUUUUUUUUUUUUUUAAACCACAUUAA